AUUUCUGUUAUGAAAAGAUGUCCAUGGAGAACACUGACACCACUGAUAAGCCUCCUCCGUACAUGGUGGAGCCACCUCCUAACUCCGUCAACCAAGGAUUUGACCCAUCUAGGGCAGGGGUGAUGGGGAUUCCCAAUGUCCCAGCUCCACAAGUCCAUACCACAGUGGUGAACAUCAUUCCCGAUGGAUUUCUCAUACGAGACCACUUGCCAUGGUCCAUUUUUAACACCAUGUACAUGAACUUCUGCUGCCUGGGGUUCUUUGCAGUUAUUUUCUCUGUAAAGUCCCGGGAUCAGAAGGUGAUUGGAGACAGGUCUGGAGCCAUGAGUUAUGCUUCUACUGCCCGUAAUCUCAACAUCGCCGCUUCUUUUUUCACCAUCAUUACUAUUAUUGUUGUGUUAAUCAUUUUACCACCUACAUCCUGGUCACAGAACAGAGGCUGAUAGUGAGGAUGACGAGCAGCCACUGCUUCCUCAUCAGUUGGAAGAAAGCCGACUUCUGGAAUUAUCUUUAUGUGUUGCAACCUCAAAAUUAUUCUGACAGUUUCCACAUUUACCAUCUGAAUUUCCCUUUUAUAUAGUCUGUUAUAGAUGGACCUUUUCUAAGCAAAUCUUUUUGCAAUUGGUCUUUGUUAUAUAUUGCUUGAUGGUUUUUGUCCAAAAAAAUGCUAUCUGGUUGUUUGGGUGAGAGUUUAUUGUUUUAUUGCCAGAUUUUACUCCAUGUUUCAUCCAUGCGAAGUAGAUAGAUUACCGGUACACAAAUAAUUUUCUUGCAUAAUGGAUUCCUGUGUAUAUGUAAGCCAAGACAGUCAAUAACAACAAAGGGGUGAAGGGAGGAUGUUGUAUACCGAUAUCAAAUGAUCUACCUUACAAGGACCAAACAUGGAGUAGAUUCAGUUUCGCUUUUUGCCCUGUUUAGCUCAAUAAAUAAUAAAAUCCA